UAUUGUAAAUAACAGAGGUACCCCAGUUAUUCUUAAAUAACGCGUUUUGCGUUAAAGAGAGACUGAUUCCUCCCCUCACCUCUCUCCUCUCGCCUUUUCUUCUUCCUCUUUUCAUCUUCUUCACCUCUUCAUUGAUUCUUCUGCCGAAAUAAAAAUCCAUUGAGAAGCGGACGUUUAAUGUGCGAUCUUUGGAUUCAAUUUUAUAUGUAGGUCAGAUUGAGUAGGCUCAAGCCCAGGUUGCACUGGCAAACUAAGGCUUCCCUGGCGUCGGCGGCGACAUGGAGAAUCAUCGAUCGAUUCCUCUCCCACUUCUUGUUCCUCCUAUAGUCCGCCUCCUGCGAUUCGCAAUUCAAGGGCUUCGAAGCUGAUGAAGACGAUGUCAGCUACUGCAUAUUCAGAUACCUCCCAAUCAAAAUUAGAUUCAUCAACUCCGACUGCUACUAUGAUUGCAAGCUUCGUCGACUGGGAUGAGGACGAGUUUGAAGUAGGAGUUUCUUAUACCAAAAAUUACGGCAGGAAAAGAAUUAUGGAGUGGGCAUGCGGCCCUAGGGGAAAUGGCGUUCGUCGACGAUGCACCAUCGCCAGAUGUGGGAGAGGAGAGAAGGAUAGCAAUGGAGGUGUUGUUCGGAGAAAGUCUGACGUCGGAUAGAGAGGAGAUGGAAACGGCAAUGGAAAGGGACGACGGGUCAGAUAUCGACGGAGAUCCGACCGGUGACGUAGGCGUCGGAGUGGACAAUUCCGAAGGAGGUGGGAAUGGAAUCUUCUGUAUUGGUAUUUGUUGGAAUAUUAUUGGUAGUUCGAUCAGCAUUGGUAUUGAUAUUUCCUAUAUUGGAUUGGUAUUGUGGCGUACUUUGUCGUUUCACAUUGGUAGUGGUUCUAUUAGUAUUUGUAUUACGUGGGUGCAUGAUGGUGGCGUGGUUUCUUAUCAGUUGCUAUGGUAGUGAUUAGUAAUUGCAAUGGUAGUUACCGCAUUGUAGUUAUCAGAUACUGUAACGGUAGUGUUUAGUUUGUGGUAAUAUGACCUACUGCAAUGAUAGUUAUUCAUUGUUUCUGGCUUUUUGAAGCCCCA